AUGCGGCUGGCGCUGCUUUGGGCGCUGGGGCUUCUGGGCGCGGGAAGCUCCCUGCCUUCCAGGCUGGUCCCAAAUAGAGGUGGCACUGAGGAGGAAGAGAGACCACAGAGGGUCUUGAGUGGCCCCCUGGAGCUCCAGCUCCUUCAGGACAAGCUCAUGUUCAGCCUGGAAGAGGUGCUUCAGAUGAGUCUGCCCGAGGCCCUACAGAUCAAACUGGAGCUGGACGGCGAGACUCAUAUUCUGGAGCUGCUACGGAACAGAGAGUUGGUCCCAGGUCACCCAACCCUGGUGUGGUACCAGCCAGAUGGCACCAGGGUGGAGAGUGAGGGACAUACUUUGGAAAACUGCUGCUACCAAGGAAGUGUGCAAGGCCAUGCACACUCCUGGGUGUCUAUCUGCACCUGCUCAGGGCUCAGGGGCUUGGUGGUCCUGUCUCCAGAGAGAAGCUAUACCCUGGAGCUGGGGCCUGGGGACCUUCAAAGUCCUCCCAUUAUUUCCCGGAUCCAAAACCUCCUCUUGCCAGGUCACACCUGUGCCCUAAGCUGGAGUGCAUCUGGAACCACCCGGACUCCACGAGAGCAUCCCCGGAGCCAGCGCCACUCUCAUCGGUGGAGGCGAGAUGUGUUGACAGAGACCAAAAUUGUUGAACUGGUGAUUGUAGCUGACCGAUCGGAGGUCCAGAGGUACCCAGACUUCCAGCGCCUGGUGAACCGCACCCUGGAAGUGGCCCUCCUCUUGGACAUGUUAUUCCAGCCCCUGAAUGUACGUGUGGCACUAGUGGGCCUGGAAGCCUGGAACCAGGUGGACCUGGUGGAGAUAAGCUCGGACCCACGUGUCACACUAGACAACUUCCUUCAGUGGCGUCGGGCAGAGCUGCUCCCUCGCUUACCCCAUGACAGUGCCCAGCUGGUGACCGCUACUUCAUUCUCUGGGCCCAUGGUGGGCAUGGCCAUCCAGAACUCCAUCUGCUCUCCUGACUUCUCAGGAGGUGUGAACAUGGACCACUCCACGAGCAUUCUGGGAGUCGCCUCCUCAAUAGCCCAUGAGUUGGGCCACAGUCUGGGCCUGGACCAUGACCUGCCUGAAAGCAGCUGCCCUUGUCCUGGUCCAGCUCCAGCCAAGAGCUGCAUCAUGGAAGCCUCCACAGACUUCCUGUCAGGCCUGAACUUCAGCAACUGCAGCCGAAGGGCCCUGGAGAAAGCACUCCUGGGGGGCCUGGGCAGUUGCCUCUUUGAGCGGCUGGCCCGCCUGCCCCCUGCAGUCCCUUUCUGUGGAAAUAUGUUUGUGGAGCCGGGAGAGCAGUGUGACUGUGGCUUCCCUGAUGACUGCACUGAUCCCUGCUGUGACUUCUUCACCUGCCAGCUGAGACCAGGGGCACAGUGUGCAUCUGAUGGGCCCUGUUGUCAAAACUGCCAGCUUCGCCCAGCUGGCUGGCCAUGCCGUCCUACCAGAGGUGACUGUGACUUACCUGAGUUCUGCGCAGGAGACAGCUCCCAGUGCCCGCCUGACAUCAGCCUCGGGAACGGCGAGCCAUGUGCUGGUGGGCAGGCCCUGUGCAUGCAGGGGCGCUGUGCCUCCUAUGUCCAGCAGUGCCAGGCACUUUGGGGACCUGGAGCCCAGCCUGCUGCACCCAUCUGCCUCCAUACUGCUAACACCAGGGGUGACGCCUUUGGGAACUGCGGGCGCAACCCCAAUGGCAGCUACAUAGCCUGCGCUCCUAGAGAUGCCACCUGUGGGCAACUGCAGUGCCAGGGUGGCAGCACUCAGCCUCUGCUGGGCUCAGUCCGGGACGUGAUGUGGGAGAUUCUGGAAGCCAACGGGACUCAGCUGAACUGCAGCUGGGUGGACCUGGACCUGGGCAACGACGUGGCCCAGCCCCUACGGUCUCUGGCGGGCACAGCCUGUGGCCCUGGCCUGGUGUGCAUUGACCAUCGAUGCCAGCCUGUGCAUCUCCUGGGGACACAAGAAUGUCGAAGCAAAUGCCAUGGGCAUGGGGUCUGCAACAGCAAUAAGCAGUGUCACUGUGAUGAGGGAUGGGCAGCGCCUGACUGUUCCACCCGGCUCAAAGAGUCCAGGUCCCUGACCACAGGGCUGCUCCUCAGCCUCCUGUUGCUGCUGGUUCUGGUGCUGCUUGGUGCCAGCUACUGGCAUCGUGCCCGUCUACGCCAGCGACUCUGCCAGCUAAAGGGGCCCAGCUGCCAAUACAGGGCAGCCCAGCCUGGUCCCCCUGAGCGCCCAGGACCACCACAGAGGGCCCUGCUGACGCCAGGCACUAAGCAGACUAGUGCUCUCGGCUUCCCAGCCCCUCCUUCCAGGCCGCUGCCACCCGACCCUGUGCCCAAAAGACUGCAGGCUGAGCUGGCUGACCGACCCAAUCCCCCCACGCGCCCUCUGCCCGCUGACCCGGUGGUGAGGCGCCCGAAGUCUCAGGGGCCUGCCAAGCCUCCACCCCCGAGGAAACCGUUGCCUACUGACCCCCAGAGCCGGCGCUCAUCAGAUAACCUGGCUGGCCCAGGGACUGGAACUCCACCCCAGAUCAUACCUUCCAGGCCAGCGCCCCCACCCCCAGCGGUGUCCUCGCUCUAUCUCUGA